AUGGCUGAUCGCUACUCGUUCUCUUUGACCACCUUCUCCCCCAGUGGGAAGCUGGUACAAAUUGAAUAUGCCCUGAACGCUGUCAACCAAGGCGUAACUGCCCUCGGAAUCAAAGCGACAAAUGGAAUUGUUCUCGCUACCGAAAAGAAGUCGUCCUCCCCUCUCAUUGACCCUCCCUCCCUCUCCAAGAUUUCCCUCAUCACACCGGAUAUCGGUAUGGUCUAUGCUGGAAUGGGUCCGGACUACCGUGUGCUAGUCGACAAGGCUCGCAAGGUCUCUCACACUGGCUACAAGCGCAUCUAUAACGAGUACCCUCCAACUCGGAUACUGGUGCAAGACGUUGCACGUGUCGUGCAGGAAGCAACACAAUCUGGUGGUGUCCGACCAUACGGCGUUAGUUUGCUGAUCGCUGGCUGGGAUGAGGGUAUCGAGCCCGAAACAGGUGAAGCUCAACGCGGUGACGAGGAGGGUGACCUCAAGAAGGCUACAGUAGCUACUGGUAAAACUGGUGGUAUCCUGAAGGGUGGUCCCAGCUUGUACCAGGUCGACCCCAGCGGCAGUUACUAUCCCUGGAAGGCCACGGCCAUUGGAAAGCAUGCAACCAGCGCCAAGACCUUCCUGGAGAAGCGCUACACAGAGGGGCUGGAGCUUGAAGACGCCAUCCACAUCGCCCUCCUUACUCUGAAAGAGACUAUCGAGGGCGAGAUGAACGGAGACACAAUAGAAAUCGGCAUUGUUGGCCCUCCUGCGGAUCAUCUUCUGGGAUAUGAAGGCGUUGAAGGCGCCCAAGGCCCCCGCUUCAGGAAGUUGACCAAAGAGGAGAUUGAAGAUUAUCUCACCAAUCUAUGA